CAUUAUCUUCCUUUUCUGAAGGCGAUGACACUUUCAAAAAGCGAAUAUGGGAUAAAAGAUUAUUUUUAACUUCUUAGAAUAUAUUAAUACGAUAACGUAUUUUCUUAAUCAAAUGUCAAACGUGUCUGUGAUACAACAACAUUGAUAAUAAUGUGAUAACAUAUCAGUCACUUGAAAAAAAAACGUGCGAUAAGUUUUUAUUCAUUGCAAACUUUAUUGUUCAGAGUCGCAAUCGAGAUGCAGCUGUGGGAGAAUGCGAACAAAUGAUUCGCAAGAAAAGAGAGAAUUUGAUGGAAAAUGAAAAUUCGCAGUUUAUGAGUUUAAAAUAUUGGAAAAGAAAAAUUUUCAACAUGUCAACAUAAAUUUUUCAUGGAUCUGAAAUUUUAUUCAGCGGAUUUACUUGUCUAAAUAGAACACAUCUGAAAGUGAUGAUAACUAAACAUCUCUCUGCAAUCUUACUUUGAAAAUUUUUACUUUUAUCUAGAAAUAUUUAACUUAUUAGGAAAGAAAAAUGGCUUGGAAGCUAGUAAUUUGCUGUAUUUUAUAUGCAUCAUUUGCAAAUGCUGCCGUUGGAACUAACAUUCACUCUUUGGACUUGAUACCAAAAGUAGAUUUUUUCCCCACAGAAUUAUUAGGCAUCGAAGAAGAACAAGAACGUGACAUCCUAUUCGAAAUCAACUGGACAAAUGCUACAAAUGAGACUUCAACGGAGUCUUCACAACCAUUUCCAAAGGAUUACUUUGUGACCGUCGCUUCCAGUGACUCUGGGAUAUUGGAAAUAGUUAAUUCUUCAUAUUCAAAUUGCAUCAAUAUAAACGAUAAGCCUCACAAUUUUACAAUUGUUGUCAGGGGAGUGUUUUUAGGUUAUACAAAUGUGAAAGUAAGCUUAAAGGCAGCUACUAAAGGUUGUGGAGUCGAAGACAACGAUGAAUUAACCUCGAUGGAAGAAGCACGUUCCCGAGAUUUCGAGGUAUUAGUUACUGUCAUCAGACCGCCGUCAAUAUUGGUAAAUAGUGUAACAGUUAUUUUUGCUAUUCUGGUUGCUUUUAAUUUCAUCAAUAUGGGUGUGCAGCUUGACAUGGAGAGUAUAAUGCAGGUGUUAAAGAAACCUGUGGGACCAGCUAUUGGUUUUGCUUGCCAGUUCUUGUUCAUGCCUUUGGCCUCUUUUGGCAUCAGCCAUCUCCUGUUCGAUGACAACAGUCUGAGGUUGGGGCUAUUCACGCUGGGAUGUUCUCCAGGAGGGUCCAUGAGCAAUUUCUGGACGUUGCUCUUCGAUGGUGAUGUUAACCUCAGUGUCACCAUGACUUUUAUCAGCACAGUGGCAGCUCUAGGUAUGAUGCCGCUAUGGAUCUUCACUUUAGGAGCUUCCCUAUUUCGAGAAAAAGAAGCUUCUAUACCUUACAUGAACAUGGUAGGAUCUCUGCUCGGUCUAACAUUUCCCAUCAUCAUAGGGUUGCUGAUCAAAAAGUACUCGCCAAAACUGACAAGAAUUUCCCUGAAGAUCAUCAAACCCUUUACCAUCAUCAUCGUUCUAUUUGGCAUCACUUUCGCUUCUUAUGUCAACAGAUUCGUCUACUACCUGUUCACUUGGCAAGUGGUUGUGGCUGGUCUCAGCAUCGCUUGGGGCGGUUAUUGCUUUGGCGCCCUGGUGUCGUGGAUAUUUCGUUUGGACAGAGCACAGAUAAUUGCCAUCUCUAUCGAGACAGCUUUCCAAAACCCCGCGGUUGCUUUUGUCCUGCUACUACUGACGCUGCCACAGCCUGGUGCAGACUUGGCGUCGGUUCCUAUCGUUGCGCAACUAAUGUUGACCGGAAUUCCAAUGUGGGUAGUACUGUUGGGAAUUAAGAUUUACAAGAAAAUCAAUAGAUAUAAUGAAAGGGGAAGUACUGGUCAAAUAGCGAAACCUCAGAUAGAUACUGUGCAGAAUACAUACUUAGCAGUAGAGACAAAUCCACCUGAAGAGAAAGUUUAUUAUGAAUCGAGGGCGAAUAAGGUAGGUAUAGAACGAUACUCGAUUCAGUCAUGAUCAUUUGAGGUUUGCUGAUUAGUGCCUUUUCGAAUUCCGAGUAGCACUGAUACUUCUGACACAGAAUGAAUGCAUCAUACAAUUAAUUCAAGGCAAAUUGAACCGAUGUCAAUUCACAAAUCAACCAAGUUUGCCGGAUAAUGUAUUUUUGAAUCAAAUGUUAUUGUCUUAUUUGAUCAAAAUUUCAUUUUCAACUAGUAUUUGUUUUUCUAAUAUAUGCAAACUUGACUCAAAAGACAUCUAUUGCACACGUGAACGGAUGAAAGACAAUAACUGAUACAUCUGUGAUGUGUAUUGUAAAUAACAAAACUAGAUGUAUUGAUCAAUAUAUUGUCAAUAGAAUACCUUUAUGAUGAAAUGAACUUACUUAAUGAUGAACAUUAUGAAAUGAACUUAAUGAUUUUAUAACUUACGAAUUAUAUAACGUUUAAUUGUUGAGCAGCUAAUUUAAUAAGCUAAAGAGUUACAGUUAAUUACAUAUAUCCUCAUUAAAAAAGUGGAUAGCAAAAUGUAUAUCACAUUAUAAUGAAGAUGUCAGAUAUCUUGAGAAAUUUAAGCAAAUAAAUGAUGUAAUUAAAGGUUCUGUUGCAUCCUCGUUUAACUGAAGAGUUGAUGAAACAAUUCAUUAUAUAAUAAUAAAUUAAUAAUCCUGGACGGUCCGCUGCUGUUUCAAUUUUUUGUAUGUUUCUCAUGUUACGAAAAGUAUAAAUUCUUAUCACUAAGAAAGGAUCUUUCAAUAAAAGAACUUCAUGACUUA